AUGGUGAAGACCAAGUCAUCCGGGAGGAAGAGCUCGCUCUCAAUUCGCCAAGAGCCAGCAUCAGGGGAAAGUCCACAGCGGGCCCACAGUAUUCCCGAUCCUACCGAGGCUUCAGCGAAAUCCCUGGUGGACAUCCAGGCAAAGGGCGACUGCUCGACUCAGGUCAAGCCACUGUGGAGGCCCAUCCCUCCACUGCUGCCAGAGCCUAACAAGGGGGAUACCCCUGACACCCGAGACCAGAGCUGUCAGACUGAGGAGUCAACUGCUAGCACUCACAGUACAGGUCACUGUGUUGAACCUGGAGACCCUCCUGUGCUGCAGCAGCCCCUGCACACGUCCAAAUCUGGAAUCCACCAGAUCAUUGACUGCUUUCGUUCAGGCACGAGCCAACUGAGGCACAUGCUGCUAAAAGAGGUGGACACCAUCUUUGAGUGUAAAGUAUGUCGAAGUCUGUUCCGAGGUCUGCCCAACCUCAUCACGCACAAGGAGUACUACUGCCUGUCAAGGCUGCCCGAGUACGACGGAUCUCUAGGCGAUGACCGUCAAAGUGUGGCCCUGCAGGAUUUGACAGACAUCAUCUAUCACAGAGCGGAGCGACCAGAUUACGUGAUGCGACUGGAACCCAUCCAGACAACCAGCAAGGCCAUGUACCAGUACCUCACCACGGAGGAAGAGCUGGCUCGCUAUCCGUCACGAGCGCCCAGUGCCAGGCAGAGUCCGGUCGCGUGGGAAGGCGAUUCAGGGGAGGCUGAAAACAACCAGAACGGCCCACCCCGAGGUUCCGAGAGCCCGGCGCACAGCCAGCACAGCCAGAGCCGGAAGAAGUGGGAUGAGGAAGAAGCGAAAGAAGACGCACCACAACCGGAAGACGAGGGGUCUACCAGUGGGGUGGAGGACGUGACGAUCUCGUGCUGUCUGUGUGGCCAAGAUUUCAACUCGCGCCGCAGCAUCCGACGUCACUGCCGCAAAAUGCACAAGACCAAACUAGAGGAGCUUCGCAAAUUCACGGAGACUCGCACGGUCCCGACCAGCCUGCUCUCCAUGGUUAAAGGUCGGCCACAAUCUAUAAGUACCCCCCCUGGAAAGUCGUGCCCAGUCUGCCUCAAAGUGUUCGCUACCAAAACCAACGUUCGGCGGCACUUUGACGAGGUGCACCGUGGCCUUCGGAGGGACGCCAUCACCCCGGCUAUCGCUUCGCGGCCCGGCCAGCCCCUUUCUCUGGACGCCACUCCUCCUAGGAAAGGCAGUAGCGCCUCGCCGCCUCGGAGCGGCAACUCAAAGUCCACUUCCGUCCCUGCUAAGGCGGCGCUCCCGAACCAGAAUCGCGCAAAGCCGGCGAGUCAAACCCCGAGCUCUGCGGACGAGGCGAACCAAAUGCCGAGUCGCUGCACUUUGUGCAAAAGAAACUACAGCUCCCAGCUCAUGUUGAAGAGACACAUGCGUAUCGUUCACAAAAUUUACAGCGUGAAAAGUAACCGAUCGGCCACAUCGUCAGGCUCGACAACUCCAACUACGCCGGCGAGCAACGGCGGUAAAGCGCCGCCAAGAAACAGCAUCCAAGUCAAAGAAGAAGCGGUCGAAGCCUCAGAGGACGAGCAAGACGAGGACCUGGACCUCAGCCCGCCUGCAUCUCCGGCUCACAGCACCUCGUCCAGUAAAAGUGACCCCGGCUCCCUCAAGGUGAAGGAGGAAGAUACCCCGUGGAGCCCCAAGGCGGCCGUCGGUGGGACGGCCGCGCCUCAGGCGGCCAAAAGCAAACUGUCGGUGGGUUUCGACUUCAAGCAGCUCUUCUGCAAGCUUUGCAAGCGCCAGUUCAGCUCGCGUCAGAACCUGUCCAAACACAUCGAGCUGCACAUGGACGGAAACGACAUCUUCAUCAAGUUCUACCGCUGCCCGCUGUGCCGCUAUGAGUCGCGCCGCAAGCGGGACGUGCUACGCCACGUGACCGUGGUGCACAAAAAGUCCUCGCCUUACCUGGCUAAGAUCAUGCCCAAACUGGAGAGCCGGGCGAUCAAGCGCCUCGCCGAAGCUGUCCUCAAUAACGCCAACCCCAAGAGGGCCCGCGGUGGCAAGGGGGAAGUCAACGGACGCCCCGCCUCUGCCGCAUCCUCCCCUUGCCCGUCGCCUCCCGUCACCCGCAAGCAAGAUGGCGGCACUGCCUCAUUCUCUGUUCCUCCUUCCACCUCAGCUCGGAAAACGCAAGAGCCGUCAUCUCCGACGCCCGCCCCCUCGCCGCCUGUCACGCGAAAGCAGGACAGACAACAGGCUCAUCAGUCCGGGGCCGUCAGCCCCCCGAUGACCCGCCGCAGUGACAAACACUUGCACCAGCGCAACUCACGGCGCCACGACGCAUCGUCGGACGACAACCCCUCUGGAUCGUCCUCCACUGAAGUCCGAGUGACCAAAAACUUCUCCUUACACGCCUGUGACCAGUGUGGGCGCGCCUUUGCAAAGAAGUUGUACUUGGAAUCUCACAAGCGAAGUCACCGCAACGCAGCGACGGCGGCAGGCAGCAGGAGGAAAGGAGUCAGCACGCGCUCCAAGUCCAUGGUGUGGUGA